AUGCCUCAGAUAGCAAAAAUCGAUAGAUCACCCAAAUUAAACACCUUCCUUGCUCCCAUUCAAUUGCAAGACAAAGGUCGUGGUCUCAACGCCCAAGCUCUCUGUGACACCGGAGCAGAUGUGUACUUAUCCAUUCGACCGAGCCUCGCGAAAAAGGUCGCCCAACGUUUAGAGCUACCUAUCAAAAAGCUCCCCAAACCUUUGGACUUUGGAGAUUUUAACGGGAAGGUUACCGCAAGAGCCACCGAAUACCUUCGGCUCACUUUGCAAAUCGACGGACGACAAUUCCCACGGCAGAAAUUCAUCCUCCUCGAAACGGCACACGAUGUGUUUAUCGGACAAGAAUGGUGGACGAAGCAUCGAGUAGGCUUAUUCCCAGCUACCCGCAGCUUCGUUUGGCCCAACGACCUGCCCGCCAUGGCCCAAUACUCACCCGCAAUCGUUGUACAACGUUCAAAUCCGCCUCUGGACCUCGAGGCCCAAGCUGACGCAGACCGCCGGGACCGCAAGAUGGAACAAGAAGACCGUCGCAUCCAGGUCCGCAAGAUACUUCAAGGCCCUAAACGCCAAAACGGAAACCAGGCUCAAAUCGCAGAAAUUAGCGCCUUACCGACAAUCCCAAAGACCGUUUCCAACAAAGGCCUGCCAGCUAAUAUUUGUGCCCUCCUUAACGACCCUCGUCAAGAUCGAUGGAAACGAUCCCCGUUACCCACGGAGCCUAUACCGUUGGUACCAGUAAACGACACGCCUACGACCAGCCUGAAUGCGGUAUCAGCCCUGCAGUGGAACAAGACUCACGAUGGACGUCCCAUUCCAUUCCCUGCAGACGAAGACCCGGAGCACAUCGCGCAAGUACGAGCCAAGUUGCCCAAAGCACUUGCCCACCUUGAGGGAUUCUUUUCCAAAAAGGCGUCGACGAUUCUCCCGCCUAGCCGACCCGGUUUCGACGUAGUUUUGGAACUCGAGAAACCUUUGGAGGGGAGGCCAGCCCGAUAUUCGACCCCUUUCGCGAUGAUGGAGUUGGAAAAGGAAACCAUCGACGAACUUCUGAGGAUUGAUUUUAUUGAACGGACAAUGGAGGAGACCGCAGCUUCAACUUUGUUCGUUCCUAAACCGCAAUCGAAGGAGCAACGUUUUUGUGUGGAUUACAGAUGGGUAAACAAAUUCAUCAAAGGACGACAAGUACUUGCCCCCGACGUGGCCGGGACGUUGAGCAAAUGUGGAAAAGCCCGGAGGAUGACCAAGAUCGACAUUAUUCGAGCUUUUAACAGAUUGCUAAUGGAUCCGAAGUCACAGUAUUUAACGGCGUUCAAAACACGACAAGGCACAUUUCAGUGGAAGGUCCUACCCUUUGGACUGAAGGUCGGACCCGCCUGGUUCCAAGCUUUUAUCAACGCUCAGCUUAAUGAACUGCUGGACGCUUUCGCGAGCGCCUACGCAGACGACGUGUUAAUUUAUACCGAGGAUAAAUCGGAGCAAGUCAACUUUGAGCAAACCGAGGAGGUUAUUUACAGGCUGCACAAAGCCGGACUCCAAGGCGAUAUAAAAAAGUCAAGUUUCGGCGUUUUCGAAAUCGAGUACCUGGGUUUACUUCUAGAGAUCGGUAAAGGUAUCCGCAUCGACCCCAAAAAGGUCGAAGCCAUCACCAGCUGGCAAUGGGACGACGUCACCUCCGUUUCCGCCGUACGAUCCUUCCUAGGCUUAUGUAAUUUCGUCCGGACGUUCUGCCAUCACGCCAGCGAACAAGCAGAACCUCUGACCCGAUUAUUGAGAAAGGGAGUCCCGUUCGAAAAAGGCCCCGAGCAGAAGGCCGCUUUUGAAGCUUUGAAAGAACUGGUGGUCACCACCCCCGUGAUGAGUUUCUUUAAACCCGGUAUGCCUGUCCGGAUGGACACCGACGCCAGUGGCAGGGCCACCGCCGGUGUCGUGUGGCAGCAACAGGACGAUGGCAGCUGGAAGCCAAUCGGCUAUUCGUCCAAAAUCAUGUCCCCUGCUGAACAAAACUAUCCGAUUCAGGAUCAGGAACUAUUGGCUGUAAUCAAUACGCUGAAGGACUUCGAACCAGCCCUGUUAGGUACCAAGUUUUGUGUUUUUACCGAUCACCAGGCCCUGAUUUAUUGGUCAACCAAGAAACUUUUGUCCGCGCGCCAGAUACGAUGGGCAGAUUACCUGGCCAAUUUCGACAUCACCUUUAAAUACCGUCCCGGCAAGGAUAAUGUGGCAGCCGAUGCCCUUUCGCGCAAAACCAUCGACAGCCCUACGGUCAAGGCCCGAGCUGUGUUAGACCGCACCAUUGCACUAAUCCCUCCAGAAAAGAUCGACUCCCGACCCGGCGAACCUCUUCCAACCAUUAACAACUUGGAACCCUCCGCACCUCAAGGAGCUGACCUAGUGGCCCUUAUCCUGGAAGAGAACCUAAAACAGAACCUAGGUCGCCAUGACAGUCUGUUAACGGUACCCGAGACUACCCAGGAUGGCAAGAUCUCCUUAAGAACGGCUCUCAUCCGCGAAGCUCAUGAGCCCAAGAUCUUCGGCCAUGGAGGCCAGAACAAAACCCUGAGCCGCCUGAAAAGAGAUUACUGGUGGCCCGACCGAAAUCGAGACGUCAAACGCUACAUUAAGAAUUGUCGCGAAUGUCAACGCAACAAGGUACGACAUGAUAAGACGCCUGGGCUGCUGCACCCACUGGAGAUCCCUAGACGGUGUUGGCAGCACGUGAUGGUAGACGGCAAAGCUAUGCCCAAGGAUAAAGAAGGCUACGAUUACGUCUGGGUUUUUAUCUGCCGACUAACCAAACUUUUGGCCACCCUACCGGGAAAGAAGACGGACACCGCGGAGACCUUGGCCAUGCGGUAUUAUCAGACCGUGUACCGUUGGAAAGGCGUCCCCGACUUAUGGCUUUCCGACAACGCCGGACCGUUUAUAUCCGAGUUCCUAAACACUUUAAACGAGUUGACAGGAACAAAGCAUAAACAUGGAAGCGCCCGCCACCCUCAAAGUCAGGGCAGCGUCGAAAUUACCAACGCUAAAUUGGAUCAGAAAAUGCGCUUUUAUGUAGACAAAUACCAAACGAAUUGGCGACGGCAUAUUCCCGCCUUCGACUUCGGCCACAACUCGUCCGUUCACGCCUCUAUCGGCAUGGCACCGAUCGAAGCAGAAACAGGAGCUCGCCCUAGAGACCCGCUCUCUCUACCUUUACCCGAAAAAGACCUGGAGAUCGGUCAGCAACAAAAGGCGCUGGAAAUGGUCCGCCAAGCCCGGCAAGCUCAGGAACUGGCCCGCAACAACGGACUCGGGGCGCAAAUAGAGCAACAGAGGCAGGCUAACAAGAAACGGCGACCGGUCGACUUUACGGUGGGAGAUGCGGUUUACGUUAGCAAAAAGGGGUUUUCCACAGAAGCUCCUACGACCAAGUUGGACUCGCAAAAUGCAGGACCAUGGACGAUUCUCGAGGAAAAGGGUCACAGCUUCAUUCUCGACACCCCUGCCUGGUAUAAAGGUAGUAAGCUGUUCCACGCCAGCCGACUGCGCAAGGCAGCAACGGAUCCAUUACCUCAGCAGUAUCAAAAGCUGGAACCACCGGUCGAAAUUAACGGAGAACCGGAGUGGGAGGUGGAGCAAGUGUUGGCCUCACGUCUAUUCGGACGAAAGAAGACGUUGCAAUAUCAGGUAUCGUGGGUCGGACUCGACCCUGAUGAGACAUGGUAUGAGGCCCGCGACUUGAAAAACUCACCAGUACUGCUGGAUACCUUUCACAGGGAGUACCCCGACGCAGCAGGACCUCCGGUAAAUUUGCAACAGUGGAUCAGGAGCGCAGCAGAGGAUGUUUUUGCGGAGGACGGACCCGAGGACAAUGUUGCCGAGCACGAUGCGAAAAAGACACGAGAGCGGAGGAAGGCCCCGAGGAGACACACGUGA